ACAAUCUUUUCUUCAAUGCCUGAUGAAGGGUGUUAGUGCCCGAAAGCUUUUUAUUAAAGAUUUUAUUUAUUUAUUUAUUUUGGCAAAGAUUCUGUUGGGCUAAUAAAAGAUAUCACUUCUACCACGAGCCCUGAUUUUGGGAGGUUGUUUUUUUCUCAAUACAGCUACAACCUGAAUACUUGAUCAGAAUGUGUUGGCUUUUUUUGUUUGUUUUUUGACAACAUGGGGUCUAUAGAUUUUAAAGAAAGCAGGUUGGGUUUUUUUUGUCCUGGUUGGUAACAUUGUUUGAAUGCACCUGCUGCAAACCUGGUCAAAGAGAGGAGGGCUAUGAGGAAGAAAGGUUCCCAAGGACAGUUUUGCAGAUUGUUUCCUUGGGAGAUGUGCACUGUGCAUAAUAGUCCAGUAUGUUGCCGGGGAGACCAGAGGUGCUAACCAAACCUUACUCCAACCCUUGUGUGGCAGAACAUCCUUGCUGCUGCUGAACAAACCCCCAGCACAAAGGUAAGGGCAAGGUUUUAUUUACAGUUAGUAAAUAAUGAACCUCAAACAGGCAUCUGAAACCACCUCAUUAUUAUAUUUAAAAAGUUGUAACUUUUUUCAUAUUUGUUUCAAAAUAUUUUAACAGGUGAAGGGUCCAAUCCUGCAAACACCUACUUGCACAAGUAAUGGCUCGUUGUUGUUGUUGUCUAGUUUUAUAUCUUGCUCUAUCCAGAAAAGUUCAGUGGCUUACAAUAAAUGACAAACAAUAAUGGUGGAUUCCCCAAAUCAUAACCCAAAACUAGCAAAUGUCACCCCACAUCACCUACCUUCACUUCUCUGCCUGUCACACUUGGGAGCCAACCCUCUGACAAAUCCCAGCCCCCAUUUCCAUAUAGGUGUAAAAAAACCUCCCUUCCCACACUGUGCCUGCUCAUUCCCUUUUCCCUGCCUCACAUCCCUUCCUCCAGUGUCAGGUGUGACUAUGAUUUAAUCACAGGGUCACAGAUUUUGGCAUAAGUGCUUUUAUUUUUUUGAACCUUUGAGGAUUACUAUAAAUACCCUAACUUCAAAUCAUGGUUCACUUGCUUUUAUUCUUAAAAUAAAGUAUAAGAGAAAUACUGAUUUUUUUUUAUUUAUUUAUUUAUUUAUUUAUUUUCCCAGAAGGAAGAGUCAUUUUAAUACUGUUAACGUACAAAGCAAAAGUUCUCAUCUAGAAAAAUUCUGGGCUGCUUAAAACACUUUUAAUAUCAUGAAAGCCAACAGCUUUGUACUAACUGCUCCACCCAGCUGAGUAACUGGUAAUUGAUCUAGAAAAAACCCACAAAAUCUAUAAAACUAUGCCAAAAUAUGUGCAUCAGUGCAAAAUAUGUUUAUCCUAUCCUAAUAAACGCACAGUAUCUAGGCAGCUCCUUGUUUGAAAAAGGCAUGCUAUAAUAAACAUCCCUGGGAUCCUUAAUGAAGAGAAGCAACAAAAACAGCCUGGCAGAAGGGUGGCGCGGUUCUGAGAUUAGUGGCUUGAGCAAAAAACUGGCAUGUGGAAUUGCAGUCUUUUUAUAUAAUGGGUUUUGACAACUAUUUCCUUUAGGACCCAGUGGGAAUGUCAUUUGACAGGGCAAACUUCAUGAGUAAUGGCCAAUCACGAAGCAGCAAGGAAGGAAUUGCUUAGAGUAAGAAGCCCUGGAAAGCCUGUCUAAAACAUUAAAUGAGUAAAGCAGUGUUUCUAACAACGAUUGCUCUGACAAGCACAGGACCCUGGAAUUAUAGCUGAUUCAAUGUUUAAACCCGAGUGGACUUGUACUGCAGGAGGUUAUUGGAGUGCAGAGUGUCUCCUCACGCUUUCCCAUAAAAUGCCUUAUUUUGGAAAACUCAUUUUAUUCAUCUUUUGCUUGGUCCUUCUUGUGGAGAGCAGAAAACACCGGAGGCGACGAUGGGCAGGUCAGCUGGAGUCUCAAAGAGUAAGUCACAUCUACAAGAAGAACCAUGAUGUAACCAAAACAUGGAAAGGAAAGCCUGAGCAGCUUCUCAGAGUAGAUGAUCAUGACUUCACCAUGAGGCCAGCCUUUGGAGGCCCUGCAAUUCCAGUUGGGGUGGAUGUACAGGUUGAAAGCUUGGACAGUAUUUCUGAGGUCGAUAUGGAUUUUACUAUGACUCUAUACUUAAGACACUACUGGAAGGAUGAACGCCUGUCAUUUCCCAGCACCACUAACAAAAGCAUGACUUUUGAUGGCAGACUGGUUAAGAAGAUAUGGGUUCCAGAUGUUUUCUUUGUUCACUCCAAAAGAUCAUUCAUUCAUGACACAACCACUGACAACAUCAUGCUGCGAGUGUUCCCGGAUGGUCAUGUGCUUUACAGCAUGAGGAUCACUGUCACAGCAAUGUGCAACAUGGACUUCAGCCGAUUUCCCCUGGACACUCAGACUUGUUCUUUGGAGCUGGAAAGCUAUGCGUACACCGAUGAAGAUCUGAUGCUGUAUUGGAAAAAUGGGAAUGAAUCUCUAAAAACCGAUGAGAAGAUUUCUUUGUCUCAGUUUUUGAUACAAAAGUUCCAUACUACCUCGAGACUUGCUUUCUACAGUAGCACUGGGUGGUACAAUCGCCUGUAUAUAAACUUCACGUUGCGGCGCCACAUCUUCUUCUUCUUGCUCCAAACCUACUUCCCUGCCACUCUGAUGGUCAUGCUGUCCUGGGUGUCCUUCUGGAUUGAUCGCAGAGCAGUGCCUGCCAGAGUGUCGUUGGGGAUAACCACGGUGCUGACCAUGUCCACCAUCAUCACUGGUGUCAAUGCCUCCAUGCCCCGUGUUUCCUACAUCAAAGCUGUGGACAUCUACCUAUGGGUCAGUUUUGUGUUCGUCUUUCUAUCAGUGCUGGAAUAUGCGGCAGUGAACUAUCUGACUACAGUGCAAGAACGGAAGGAGAGGAAGCUGAGAGAGAGGUUUUCAUGUUCUUGUGGACUACCUCAUACAACUAUGAUGCUGGAUGGAAACUACAGUGAAUCUGAUGCCAACAGUUUGGCAGGGUAUACACGGAGCCAAACAGUAACCGAGGAAGAAAAACAAGAAAAGAUCAUGGUCCAUUUGGCCAUGAGCAAUGAAUCUAACUCAUCAAGAAAGAGAAGGCUGGGAAGCCAUGUGGGCCAGCGCAUCAUGCAGAACACUCAUGCAAUUGAUAAAUACUCAAGAUUAAUAUUUCCAGGCACUUAUAUAUUGUUUAAUUUGAUAUACUGGUCUGUCUUUAGCUAGAUAUGCAGAGGCAUUGACUGAAGCAGAAAACAUUUGCAAGACUUUGUUUGAGGUUUUAAGUCCAAUUUGAAUGAUAAACUAGAAAACUGAUUCUCCUGUUGCACCUUCGGAGAAUAAAGCACUGGCUAUGUCCUACAAUAGGUACCUGCUCCCAAAAGCAUUACAGGGAAUUUGUUGUGUCAUUUGCUCUCUACUUCACCGCUGCACUUCCCCUUGGCUUUAUGAUAUGUCCAUUUCUCACACUUGAAAACAUGCAGCUCUGUCUGACCAACUGUUGCCAUAAGUGUUGUUGGAGCUAGGCAGUGUUGAUGGUCCCUGACAUGCAGGGGGAAGCUACUGUUGAAGAAUCACCCAGCAUCAUUUGCUGGAUGAAAGUGCAGGGUCCAAUGUUUGUGGUGAGAGGCCUGUAAAGAAUAUGUUUUAUUAGGAUAUGGAAUAAAUACUUGACUUUUAAAUGUCUAAGUAAAAUCAGACCUCUCUCUCUUCAGGCAAUUGGCUUUCUGCUUCUGUGGCUUGUAAACAAUGGCACUGUUUCAGGAAGCACACAUUCAACAAGCCACCAGGCAAAAUUCACGAGUCUUUAGGCAAAGUUCCCUUUAACUUCAGUGGAAGCAUUGUGCAAUUGCUCUACAGAAUCUGGCCUAUAUAGCCCACAUGAUUUAUCUGGCCAUGUUCAUAUGGUGUAAGGCAGCACCAUGGUGAGAUGUUGCUGUGCUCAGAAACACUGACUACUCUGCACGUUUCAGCUGUCGAAUGAAAGGCAGUCCUCUCAGAGAUGUUGCUUCCUGGCACUGUGGAGUCUGUGAUCAUUCCCUUGAUUUUUCUCACUAAAAAUGGGGAAUGAUGAUAAAAUGAAGCCAAAAUACCACUGAGUUUAGGUAGCAUGGACUCUGGAGCUGGUUUGUUUUGAUCACAAAGAAAUUUAAAUAUCUUUGUAAGCCAGCUAUGGUGUAUGAUGCACUGUGCCUGAGGGUUUACCACUCUGAAGUGGGUGUGAGGUUACAGUUUACACCCUAUGAUGAGUAUACAGAAAUGAGGAGUUGGUUCAGGAGCAGCUCUCUUCAGUUCUUCUCUUCAUGGGCCAAAGCAGAGAACAGUUUUGAGAACAAUUUUGACUGCCUUACAGGAGCACAAGGCCUGCCCUCAGCCCUAACAGAAAAGUGCUGCCCACAGAGAAAAUAUAACCUAGCAUGCAGAGCUCUCCUCCUUAUCCUCCUGUCUUGGACUUCUGCAUGGAGAGCAAAAGUUGCAUUCUGGAACUUGUUGCCUCUGCAGGUGCAGCUUCAUUUUAAAGAUAAAGCUCCAUGAACUACACCUGUGCCACUGGCUAAAAGGUGCAAAUAAUUCCUUAGUAGAAACCUGAGAGAACUAUGGCAUGCAUCAACUCAUGGCAUUUCAUGCAUCACCCAGUAUUGUCUCCUCUUCCACUGCUACUAAUGCUGUUAGCAACAUGCAAAACUUUUUCUACACAAUAGCAGGACACAGAUCACCUGAUUUGCUCUUUAAUUUUUAAGGACAUCUGCCUGCACAGUGGACGGUGGAAAUGAUGCUCUUAGUUGCAGCAUCUAGGUGCCAAGUUGGAACGUACUAAGGAUGGGCAGACCUGCAGUGGGAUGAUUCAGUGUUGAAGUCAGAAUCUGUUUCAACACUAUGAUUAAACAAAGCAAUGGACUAGUUUGCUGAUAGGAAGGAUUCAAGUAAUGUAGAUGAUGUACAAGGAAGUAAAUCUCUAGCAAUAUUCUGCACAUACCAAAUGAAUUGCGAUCCCAUUAUGAAGAAAAACACUACAAGUCUAUUGGGUAUUAACAUUUUCAAUUUACAAUAGCAGUAAUGACAUUUUCAUGGUGGUCUAGUGACAAGCUAGGAAGAGUUAACUAAUAAGAGUUCUGUGUUGGCAUAAAGGAGAAAAGAUAUUAAUAUUGUGCAAUAAGCCCUACAGAAACACUCCAGACAUCAUUACAGAAGGUACAGUCACAAGUUAACCAAUGCAUUUCUGAGCAUUAGCAUUAAAGUACAAUUUUAGGUAUCAAAUCAGGGUACUUGCUAUCAUUCAUCAAUUCUUUUAAAGGAAGAGAGGAAAAUCAUUGGAUUAAAUUGGAGAAAUGGGAAGCAAGAAACCCAGAUUCUAUUUGUAGCUCUGCCAGUCUACCUUUGUUAUGUCAGCAUGUCAUUUUGCCUCUCUGUGCCUCAGUAUUCCCACUUGUAAAAUACCUACCUCACGGGGUGUUGAGAAGCUUAAUUCAGUAGUGCUUGUGAAGUACCAUUAAAAUCUUUGAAUGGGCACCCCUAUGGAAUUAUUACUAAUGAGUAGUUCAGAUUGGUCCACUAAAUCAAUCAGACUUCAACUUGCACUGUAUUGGGCAUCAAGAUCCACCAGAUAAAGUGAUUUAACCAUCACCAGCCAUUUAGACAUGUGGAAAUAAUGCCUUUGGCUGUAACUCCACUGAUUUUAGGAGUGUUUCAUAAGGGAUAAAUGAAUGCUAUGACUGGAUAAUGCCAUUGGAUAGUGCUGUGAAAAUAAAUGUCUUGGCUUUA